AUGAUGGAUCAUCAAAUAUUUAAAAUAUAUAAUCAUGAAGACUUUAACAGAAUUACAAAGGGAAUUAAAGUUGCACAAUGCAUGCAAUCGCGAUCGUCAUCUGUUUCAGAAAAUGAAAAAGUAUUGAGUCAACUUGAUGAUUUAGUUGUAUCUGAUUCCCUAAGUUGUUCAUUUUGUAAUACUGUAUUUGAAGAUAAAACACAGCAAAGACUUCAUUACAAGUUAGAUUGGCACCGGUACAAUUUAAAACAGCGUUUGAAUGGAUUAAAAUCUAUUAGUGAAGAUAAAUUUAAUCUUUUAGCUGAUGAAGGCGAUGUUUCAAGUUUAUCUGGAAGUGAUAUAGAUUCGGAGAAUGAAGAUGAAACAUAUGUCUUAGAAGUAGGGAAUUCACUUAGUGGACAUUGUGAAAAUAGAAACUUUGUUAAUAAGAGUAAGAAAACUGAAAAAAAAGGAAAAAAUACAGAAUCAGUUUCUGAUAGUUCAGAUACAGAAUGUUGUGAUGACACUAUAAAAGAGAAAAAAGUAGAAGCUUUAGUGGUUACUGCAAGUCGUCAUUCAAAAGUUUUUUUUGAGAAUGAUGAUGGAAAUAUAUUUAGUAUGUAUAGAUGUUUACUGCACAAUAAAAAGGAAAUUCCAGAGGUUGACAAUGAGAUGAUUGCUCAGGCAUUGGAAAGUGGGAAAAAAACAACAUGGACUAUUAUCAUGAUCGGUGGAGGACAUUUUGCUGCAGCCGUAUUUCAAGAUGGGGAACCUGUUGUGCAUAAAACAUUUCAUUCUUAUACCGUACGAGCAAAGCAGGGAUUUGCCCAAAGUUCACGUACAACAGCUAAUCAUACAAAGAGUGCUGGAGCUAGUUUGCGUCGUUAUAACGAAGCAUCUCUUCUUCAGCAUGUGCAAGAUAUACUUGAAACAUGGUCAUCUUAUAUCAAUAAUUCCUCUUUAAUUCUAUAUAGAGCAGUUGGUCCAUAUAACCGUACUGUAUUAUUUGGAGGAAAAAAUCCACCUUUAGAUAAGAAUGACUUGAGAUUAAGACCAUUACCUUUCCCUUCUCGUAGAGCAACAUUCAGUGAAGUUAAAAGGGUGUAUGAUAUAUUAAGUACCAUGGAAAUUUAUGGUUUUGCAGCUGAUUUUACAGAUUCUUUUCCUAUUUCACCACGUCAACCACUUAGAAAAAAAGUUCCAAAAGCUGAUUUACCUGGUGAAGUUCCAGAACAAGCAGAAAAUGGAGAGUAUGAUUCUAAUGCUAUUAAUAGUUUGCGUAAUCUUCAAGAUAGUGGUAAGAAUAAAGUUUCUACUCAAUCAUCACCUGAAAGACAACACAGAAAUUCUCGAUCCCAUAUAGAUAGAGCAAAACCGAGAAAAAGUCCAUGUCGUCCUUUACCAGAUAUUGUUGCUAAAUUAGCACAAUCAUCUUCAGAAUCAGAAUUGGAUAGUCAAAUAAGUACUCUUAAUAUUCCAAUUGAUGUUUCAUUAAUUGAGCAAGAAUUAGAAGUAGAAUUUCAUGAAAAUUUACUUGCGUUUCAAGAUACUGUACCAAGAUACAUGAAGAAUAAAAAAGCUCGUCGUCAAAAGAAGAAAGCAAAGAAAGAUGAGUGUGUAAUGAAUGAAAUAUUAACCAGUGCUAAAGUUAAACUAUGGUCAGCAUGUAAAUUCGGUGACAAUGAAUUACUGUCAUCCGUUAUCAAUAAUUUAUUAACUCAAGUAGAAAAGAGUAUGACAUCAGAAGAGCAAAAUAAAGAAGAUGUAACUAUACAUUCUAGUUCAAUUAUAAACAAAGAUGAUGUAAUAAAAUUGGUAAAUGAUCCUAACGAAGAUGGCAAUACAAUGCUACAUUUGGCAGCUCUGGGUGGACAUUUAAAAUUAGUGUGGCAAUUACUAGAAAUUGGAUCAGAUCCUUGCAAUAAAAAUAAGAAGUUACAAACACCAUAUGCAGCAACUAAUGAUAAAGAAACUAGAAAUAUUUUUAGAAGAUUUAUGGGUGCAAAUCCUGGGAAAUUCAAUUAUAGUAAGUCUCAAAUUCCUGGGCCAUUAACUGAUGAAAUAGAACAAGAAGAAUUAGAAAAAAGGAAACAACAACGAAAAGUAAAGCGAGAAAAGGAUAAACUAAAAAGAAAAGAAUUUGAGCUUAAAAAGCAAGAAGAAGAUGCAAAACAAAGAUAUCUUAGCCUUAGUGACAAGGAAAAGAGAGCAUUAGCUGCAGAGCAACGUAUUCUAAAACAAGGCUGUAUUGUAAUUUCACGAUGCUUUCAAUGUGCAGUGGAUAUGGCAGGUCAGGUGCCUUUCGAGUAUAAUUCUAAUCGUUUCUGUUCUAUGCCAUGCUUAAAAGAACAUCGCCUUCGUAACAAAAUUGUUAUUUAAUGAUAUUUUAUAUUUAACCAUGUUUUUAUG